AUGCUGCCCUGCUUCCAGCUGCUGCGCAUGGGGGGGGGCGGGGGCGGGGACCUGUACACGUUCCGGCCGGCGGGGACCGGCUGCACCUACCGGCUGGGCCGGCGGGCGGACCUGUGCGACGUGCCCCUCCGCCCGGAGCGGGAGCCCGGCCUGGUGUCCCGGGUGCACGCCGAGCUGCACGCCGAGCGGGACGCCCAGCGGGACGGAGACUGGAGGGUCAGCCUGCUGGACUGCAGCAGCCACGGCACCUCUGUGAACAACGUCCGGCUCCCACGGGGUCGUCGGGUGGAGCUGGAUGACGGCGACCUCCUGACCUUUGGCUCCGAGGGGGGCCCCGGCACCGAGCCCCCCGAGUUCUGCUUCAUGUUCCAGCGCGUCCGCGUCCGGCCCCAGGACUUCGCCGCCAUCACCGUGCCCCGGGCCACGGGGGUCGGGGGCGGCUUCCGGCCCAUGCUGCCCUCCCGGGGGGCUCCCCAGCGGCCCCUGAGCGCCCCGUCCCCCUCGCCCAAGGCCACCCUGAUUCUCAGCUCCAUCGGGAGCCUCAGCAAACUGCGGCCUCAGCCCCUCACCUUCUCCCGGGGCGGAGGGCCCGUCGAGGCGCCGGCCCCCGCCCCCGCUGUUGGAGGACAGGGGGCCCCGGACAUUCCCCCGGCCCCCCGCAAUCGGCGGAAGUCGGCCCACAGGGUGCUGGCCGAGUUGGAGGAUGAGGGGGUGCCCGGGGAGAGCCCUCCGGCCGCUCGACCCGGCCCCCGCAAGAAGCCGCGGAUGGAGAAGACGCCCGUCACCCCCAGCGGGAAACGUCGUGGGCGGCCCCGGAAGUACCCCAUAGCCCCAGUACCCGGGGGAGACCCCUGCGCCGCUCCCCGUUGCCGGCUGCCGCAGGACGAGACGGUGACCUGGGUCCAGUGUGACCACUGCGAUGCCUGGUUCCACGUGGCCUGCGCUGGCUGCAGCUACCGGGCUGCCCAAGAGGCCGACUUCCGCUGCCCAACAUGCCGGGCCUGAGGACCCGCGGCCGGGGCGACCUCAGGGGAGGACCAGGGCCUGGAGCGGCCCCGUGAAGAAGACCACAGCCACAGAGGUGGUGGGGACGAGGGGGAGGGGCGGACAUUGAUGGGCCUCCCCCUACCCCAAGUGGCUCUCACGGACCCCAUUGGGACCCACGCGCUGGAGCCGCUAGUACCAAGGGCCAGUCCAGGGGAGCCCGCUCACUCCGGGACCAACCUGCGGCUCCGGCUCCACCUUCGGCCAAGUCCCCUGGAGGAUUUUGGGAAGCCUCAGGACACAGGUGAGGGGAUGUGGGUAGGGAUGCUGAGGAGAGAUUUAUCACUCUUCCCCCUCACACCACCACCCAGGGUAUUCCAUCCUGACCCCCCAAAAUUCCAAUUUGCAGCCCCUCAUCCCCUCCCUGCAAAUCGCUUGUUUCCAAAUAAAGACCAGCUGCUGACA